AUGAACAAAUUGAAGGAGUCGGUCAACGACGUCCAGUUGAAAGUAAAGGCGGCCAAGACUGGAAAGCCAAUUCACUCACAUACCAAUGCCGAAGGCGAAUGCUCGGACGGGGACAGCCACCAUCUCCACAGAUUUCAGUCGUUCGCGCCGCAACGAGAAGGCAAUGAGGUGAAGUGGUAUGUCGAUGGCUGCAGCUACAUGUAUGCUGUCAGCAUGGCCCUUGAACACGCGCAACAGGAAAUCUAUAUUCUCGAUUGGUGGCUUAGUCCAGAGCUCUACCUACGGAGACCACCGGCCAAGAAUGAGCAAUACCGCCUUGACAGACUGCUUUUUGCGGCCGCUCGCCGCGGCGUCAAGAUCCACAUCAUUGUCUAUAAAGAGGUCACGCAAGCGUUGACUCUAUCGUCUCACCACACAAAACAUUGGCUGGAAGAUAAUGAUAAGACUGGCAACAUCAAGGUCUUCAGGCAUCCCGAUCAUUUGCCUGAUAAGCAGACAAUGGCUUCGCAAUUCGUGGAGCGAAUCAAGCAGACUGGAAUGAAUGCUUCCAAGCUGGCUCAGCUUCCAGGCGAUGCGCUGAAGGGCAUCUACGGCAUGAACGACGGCACUGUUCUAUACUGGGCUCAUCAUGAGAAGCUGUGCCUGGUCGAUGGACAUGUCGCAUUUAUGGGCGGGCUGGACUUGUGCUAUGGACGAUGGGACACCAACCAACACAGCAUUGCCGACGCUCACCCUGGAGACUUGAAUCGAAUCGUGUUUCCCGGGCAAGAUUACAACAAUGCCAGAGUCAUGGACUUUGACGACGUGUCUCACUGGGAGAACAACAAGCUCGAUCGCAAAGUCAACAGCAGAAUGGGAUGGAGCGAUGUCUCGAUCUGCGCAAAGGGGCCUGUCGUUGAAGACUUGAGAGCACACUUCACACAGCGAUGGAACUUCAUUUACUACGAGAAGUACGACGUCCGUCAAGAAGCACGAUUCCACCCACUUGUCUACCACCCCGUUCGAGCCGGCAUCAUUGGCCACCCUUACACCCAGAUUGAAGGUGAGGAGGUCGAAGGCGAGGGUCAAUACCACGGCUUCAGAGAACGUAUCAAGUUCCAAUACGAGUCAAGCAAGGACCGAAUGGAGUCUCAGCUUCGCGAGCGUGUUAUGGGCGGCGCACAGCCUGAGUAUCCGACCGGACCACUUGGCGGCGUGCAUUGCCAGAUUGUACGAUCGUGUGCAAAGUGGAGUCAUGGAACGCCGGUGGAGCAUUCGAUCGCGGACGCUUACAUCCAAUUGAUCCGCAACAGCCAGCACUUCGUGUACAUUGAGAACCAAUUCUUCAUCACGGGAACCUGCGAGGCACAGAAGCCGAUCACAAACCUGAUCGGUGCGGCUAUCGUCGAGCGAGCUCUUCGUGCCGCGAGGAACAACGAAGACUGGCACAUGAUCAUCAAUAUACCCUCGGUGCCAGCCUUCGCAGGCGAUCUGAAGGCUGACUCGAGCUUGGGAACCAGGGCUAUCAUGGAGUUCCAGUACAACAGCAUCAACCGAGGUGGACACAGCAUACUGGAGACGAUCGCACGCGAAGGCGUCGAUCCAAUGAAGCACGUGAGGUUCUAUAACCUCCGUUCGUACGAUCGCAUCAACACGAACGCUGCCAUGGCAAAGGUCGAACAGAAAGCAGGUGUUUCAUACGACUAUGCUCGCAAAGGUUAUGAUCAGCAGUACGGCCAAGGCAACGAGAAUCAACAACCAGGCUACGCUGGAGAAGUCCAAGGCACAGCGGACGCAUUCAACCAAUACCAGCAAGCCGCCCAAGAAGUCCGCGCAGAGACUGGCGGCGACGCCGCGUCCGGCAGAUGGGACAGCGUCGCGGAGUGCUACAUGCUCAACGGCCCCGACAUCCGCACCGUCCCCUGGGACGGCGACGCGCAGUCCGAAAUAGACGCCUUCGUCUCCGAGGAGCUUUACAUCCACUCCAAACUGAUGAUAGUCGACGACCGCACCGUCCUCUGCGGCAGCGCAAACCUCAACGACCGCUCACAACUCGGCUACCACGACUCCGAAAUCGCCAUGAUCAUCGAAGACAAUCAAGAAGUCGACACCUAUCUCGCCGGCCGGCCCUGGAAAGCCACCCUCUACGCCACCACCCUCCGCCGCCAAAUCUUCCGCAAACAUCUCGGUCUCCUCCCGCCGCAGGACUACCAGUCCCCCGACGCAAACUUCACUCCCGUCGGCCAACCCAACGCCUACGACUGGAACAGUCCCGGCGACCAUGCAGUCGCAGACCCCCUCUCCCCCGCCUUCGACGCCUUGUGGAAGAACACCGCAUCAACCAACACCGCCGCCUUCGCCAAGAUUUUCCACCCGGUGCCCGACGACUCGGUCCGGAACUGGAAGCAAUACGACGAGUACUACAGCCGCUUCUUCAAGACGGAAGACGCGAAGAAGCAGGGUAAAGACACGGAGAAGCCGAGCACGUAUAAAUGGGGACAUGUGGUUGCUGAGUCGUUCUCGCCGGGCGAACAGGGUUUGAGGGAGGUCAAGGAUUUGUUGAGUACGAUCAAGGGAAAUUUGGUGGAGAUGCCUUUGUUGUUCCUUAAGGAAGAGGAUAUUGCUAAGGAGGGAUUGGGACUGAAUUCGUUCACGGAGACGGUGUAUACUUGA